GCAAUUAUUUGCUUUGGAGGGGUCAGCUUCAAAUAGGGAGCCUGUUCUACGAUGUUGACCUCAGGUCUCUUGCAGGAGCCUUCUGUCCGGCAAAACUGCCGCCAGUGGUGAAAAUUACCCAAGUCAUCCCCAUGUCAGAUCUACAAAAGCUGUUGCCAAGAUCUGUUUUUGAGACCAGCUACACUGACGAAGUCUUUCUUGAUGGCUUUCACUCCAGUCUUUGUGAAUUUGUUCCCACUGAGGCAGAAAACACCAGCUCAUUUGCUCAACUUCUGCGGGAUAUCAAUGAGAAAGAUCUUGCUCUCACUAUUCCACUGAAUGAUGGUGGGUGUCUUAUUCUGUUGCAUCCAUCCAACUUCCUAAGAUAUGAUGAUACUGAAUCAACUGCUGCUGAAGUAUUGCAAGGCAUUUUUGUGUUUCCUGAAUCCCGAGUUGUGAGAAGAGACAUAUCAUUUGGAAAGGAGCAUCCUGCUGUGGCACCUGAAAUUCUUCAGUUUGUACCAGUACUAAAUUAUGCAGAGGGUGAAGUGGAGAAAGCAUCUGUGGACCCAAGUGAAGAACUGUGUGAGGUGUUAAUGCCGCAUAUGCAUACUUAUGCCACACUGAUAAACCCUGGACUAGCGGAAAGUCCCUCAAGGGAAGUCAACAUCUUUCCAGAUCAGUAUGAUGUCGCGGAAUCCCACGAACACAUUUAUUCAUCUCCUGAGUGGACUAAAAGGGCAUUGCAGAGCAUAAAGUCCUACCUGAGCAAACCAGCCUGUUUUCAACUGCCAGUAUCCAAGGUUUCAGAAAUUUUGGCAGCUGGACAGGAGGAGCAAAGAGAAGAGCUUGUGGAUGAUGUGGAUGACGUGUAUAUCCAUCUAUCGUCGCCUGAGGGGGCACCAGCUAGUCCCUUUGACAUUGAGUUGGAAGACAGGUUAUCAGACCAGGAAACCCAAACAGUUGUGCCACAUGACGCUAGAAUUUACAUGCUGGCGAUGUUUGUAAAGAGAGUGAAAAAGGCAACCAUCUCACUAAAUUCAACAAAACUGAUGACACAGAUGGAGGGCUCCCAACUCUUUCAACAUCACAGGACCUUCCAGCAGAGCUCAUUGUCAAAAUCACCUCAGCAGAAGAAAGUGUCACGGAGGAGAGGCUAA